GCCCGUCGGUUUUGGCCAAAGUAACGUUGGUUUCGGCCAUGUUCUGAACUCGCGGCAUGGCAACGUUGUACCUGUAAUGGCGGCGUUCAUUCGUUCACAAGUUGAUGCUCUCUGAAGUAGGGGCGGGCACUCGUCACAGCGGCGUGUUUAGACAUUCUAGCUGCAGUUUGCUAGAAGUGUGCGACCGCUCCCGCGUUGCCCCAGGCGAUGAAGUUCACGGAACACUUAGCCGCGCACAUCACUCCGGAAUGGCGCAAACAGUACAUCUUGUACGAGGACAUGAAAACUAUGCUGUAUGCAGCUGUGGAAAGGGCACCGUCCUCAGAGGUGGUGGAGCAGAGCAUCAUCACGAGGUACCUGGCCUCUUUCGACGAGGAGUUCUUCCAGUACUGCGACAAAGAGCUGGCCAAGAUAAACACGUUUUACUCGGAGAAGCUGGCCGAGGCCACACGCAAGUUCAGCAACCUCAAGUCAGAGCUGAACAACUACAUCAGCAAGAUGGAGUCGCACCGGCUGAGCGGGACACCCUCCCACGUGGGCUCGGGCGGGGGCGCCCGGGGCCGGCUGGGGCUCACCCUGCGGGCCUUCGACCGGCAGGCCCAGGAGGUGAAGAUCCACACGCGCAAGAUCCACGACCUGAAGCUGGCCUUCAGCGAGUUCUACCUCAGCCUUAUCCUGCUCCAGAACUACCAGAACCUCAACUUCACGGGCUUCCGCAAGAUCCUCAAGAAGCACGACAAGCUGCUGGGCACCAACCUAGGAGGCCAGUGGCGGCAGGGCUAUGUGGAGGUGGCCCCCUUCUACACCAACAAGGACAUUGACAGACUCAUACAGGAGACUGAGAGCUUGGUGACCACUAUGCUGGAAGGGGGCGAUCGGCAGAAGGCCAUGAAGCGGUUACGGGUGCCGCCUUUGAAUGAUCAGCAAUCUCCCUGGGUGACUUUCAAAGUGGGACUCUUUUCUGGAGCUUACAUUGUACUCGUCAUAGCAGUGAUCCUGUCCGGCGUGUUCAGCCAGUCGCGGGACGACUGGCGCAUAGUGUUCCGGCUUUACCGGGGCACCCUGCUCAUCAUCCUGUUCAUGUUCCUCAUUGGGGUGAACGUGUAUGGCUGGAGGACCUCGGGCGUCAACCAUGUGCUUAUCUUCGAGCUGGACCCCCGCAACCACCUCUCGGAGCAGCACCUAAUGGAGAUGGCGGCCAUCUUUGGGGUGCUGUGGGCGCUAAGCGUGCUGGCUUUCCUGUACUCGGGGCCGCUGGCGAUUCCGACGUACGCCAACCCGCUGGCGCUGCUCCUGUUGAUGCUGGUGUUCCUGCUGAACCCCCUGCACACGAUGCGGCACCAGGCCCGCUUCUGGCUACUCCGGGUGCUGGGGCGCAUUUUUGCGGCACCCUUCUUCUACGUGGGCUUCGCCGACUUCUGGCUGGCCGACCAGCUCAACAGCCUCGUGCCGGUCUUCAUUGACGCCCAGUACUUCGUCUGCUUCUACGCCACAGACUUCCAGUGGAUGGAGAACAGCGAUGCGACGCGCUGCAUGAACCGGCCGGUGAACCUGGCCCUGCGCCCCGUGCUGGCCUGCCUCCCUGCCUGGUUCCGGUUCGCCCAGUGCCUGCGGCGCUACCGGGACACCCGAGAGGCCUUCCCGCACCUGGCCAACGCCGGGAAGUAUGCCAGCACCUUCUUCGUCGUCCUCUUCUCCACCCUCUUCAACGUCUACCGAGACAGCUACCCGUCCUCGACCAGCCACCCCUUCUUUAUCCUUUGGAUCCUGUCUGCGGUGGUGAGCUCCUGCUUCACCUACACCUGGGACAUCAAGAUGGACUGGGGUCUCUUUGACCCCAACCAGGGGGACAACCGCUUCCUUCGCGAGGAGAUCGUCUACUCUUCCCCCGGCUACUACUACUUUGCCAUCCUGACCGACCUGGCCCUGCGCUUUGGCUGGACCCUGUCGGUGUCCCUGACUGAGCUGGGAGUCAUCCACUCAGACCUCAUGGUCACCAUCUUGGCUCCGCUGGAGGUCUUCAGGCGCUUUGUGUGGAACUUUUUCCGGCUGGAGAACGAGCACCUGAACAACUGCGGCAAGUUCCGUGCGGUGCGGGACAUCUCGGUGGCGCCGAUCGACUCGGGUAACCAGGCGCUGCUCGUGCGCAUGAUGGACGAGCCGAGCGGGGUGGUCAACCGGGGACACAGGGAGCUGCGCAAGAGGCCCAACAAAAACAAGAAGGCUUCCAUCGAAACAAAGGUUCUUCUGGAGCCAGACGCUGAGGAAACAGAGUCCUAGGCCCCGGGAACUGCGCACCGUGAAGUGCUCCGGAGCGGUCAAUGUGGCCUCUUCCCACGCGUCUCCGAGGACACGGGCCAACAGACAGUCCGUCGACUCUACUUGCCAACGAAGCGGAGACAGAAGAGCAACCUAUAGACAAUCCAGUGUCGCCAGCCGAACAUCAAAAGACCAACAAGCUGGGUUUUUUUUUGGUUUUUUUUAGUUGGGCGACUGGAUUGGUCGAAGCGUCUGCCCGGCGAGACCUAACGAAAAGCCCCGUGAUUUUCUUAAACUAGUCUGUAGCGAGCAACCCCGUCUCAAAAGGGGUCGCCGGAAUUUUUACACAAGUGUCCCCUAGGUCGUCAUUCCAAGCCCGUGUGUCAUUGUUGCAUUUCCCACCCGCCCUUUAUGUUGGUCUCUCGGAGUUACCCGCCGUAGCGACCCUUUUCUUUGUACGUACAUUUAUUUUUUCCUUCGCAAUCACGGUCAACAUAUAUACUCACUUUAUUUUUGCCGCAUUUUGUAAAACUUUUAUCGACCGUCGCCAAUGUACACAUUUGCAGCGAGUAUUUUUCCAGAUGCUUUUACACCUUGUCCCUAGACGACGAGAGACUCGGCUCUUUAAAGACGGGAGGGGGGACAGCUUGGCACGUGUUGCGUGCUUCUUGUAGGACUCAAGAGCCGCAGUCACGCAGUUUUCACAUGUCGUACAAAAGUCGCGGUGUUCGCAGCAGGCAGGAUGUGUGUAUACGCCUCGAGCAUGGUCGAAGCCCGUCUGCUUCUACACGCGUCAUCUGCAGGCCGAUCUCGUACGAUCAAUGUGACAGGAGUCGUGCACGAAGAAACACAUUUUAGACAGUAUCCGUAGACUGUCUUUGGUACGACGUAUUGGCGGCGUGAUCCCGGCUUAAGACCCGCUCCGGUUGCACGAAUGCUCCCACCCAACGAGGAGCAUUCGAUGCCAUGGGUUACCACUUCCGCUCCGCUGUCCGAGGUUGACCCUAGGCGCUACAGCUUUGAUUGGUUAAACUAUGGCAUUUGUUUUCCCCGAUUUUGAAAAGAAUCCCAUGCAUCUACCGGCUUUCUGCGAGGAACGGAUCCAAUCGUCGCUGUACGGAAAAGCCUAGACCCAGAAAUGGCUCGGAUCCCAAGAUACCAUUUACGUCAGGAAAGCCACCCGAGUCAAGCGUCCGUCCCAGACUCUUUAAAUAAUUCCAUUUUGGGCAAAACAUUUUCAGAGUUUGUUACUUAUUGGUCUUACUUUCGUACAUCAUGGCAAUUGGCUCAUCUGCGGGCUGCGCAGGAAGGCACGAGCCACCUAUAAGAAAGGUCUGCCGAUACACGAGCAUGUACGGUGCAGAUGGCCAGCGUAGUUGUGAGUGAUACCUUGCCAAUUUUUUGUGCCAAUGUCGACACGAAGCAUUAGGUAUAAACCGCAUGUAAGCGAUCUGAAGAGCGACGAGACAAGCGACGGCGACCCACUUUGCUAUCGCUCAGUCAGUCACGCGACGAAGCAGACCGCAUAAAAGCAGUGGGAGCAAGUGACCAAGGUGAUGAGCGACGUUUUCUACAAAUCUAAAAACGAAGCGACAUGACGAGCGACGGUGAAAAAUCUUUGUCGCUCGUCGCCGACUCUCGUUGCUUGUGCCGUCGCUCGUCUGUUUGCUCGCCAAAUUGCUUACAUGCAGUUCAGCCUUCGAGGUGUGUUGCAUAUUGCACCAAUAUCUCUCUACAAGCAAUAGUGGUCAGUAAUGCUUAUAUAUUUAUAAACUUUUUUUUAUUCAAUUGGUACACACGUAAGGAUGCUGAAUCACCACCGAAGUAAAUGCAUGUUGCACGAAAUCGCUCGUGACCAGAGUGCCGGUUUC